AUGGAUACCCAAAGCGGAUUUGCCAACUCUGUUAUCGAGGGCCUUUCCGCGCCCCAUCCACGAACUUUGAAGGACCUAUUCGAAACUUCAACAUUCUCAAUUCGAGAUAAGUUCUUCGAUUUGCUCGGCUUUCCUGUCGCAUGGGAUAACGGAGGGGAGCUUUCGAGGCUCAUGUUACUUAACCAGCUUCACGACGAACUGCCCGAAGCACCAGAGUCUUUUCAGCACGUGUAUUUAGCAUGUGUGCCUCACGAAGGCUGGCCGAUAUCUUUCUCGCAUUGGUCGGUCUUUUCACAUGGCCAAUUCUAUCACUUGUCAGUACCAGGUCUGCAGUCGGGUGCCAAAUUCCAAAGCAGUUUAGGCGUCGAUAAACCGGAGAACGUCGUGCUGAAAACCGAAGAUCCAUACUCCGAAAACUCAUCAACCAUGAAGGGAAGACCGCCGUUAGUCGUUUACGAGGUUGGCUGUACAGACUACUCGCCGUCUGAAGUUCGUUUGAUAGCAGAAUGGUUGAUCAAACAAAUGCCAGUCUACGACCUAUUCGAGAAGAAUUGCCAGGUUUUCGCACUUUCGAUGGUAGAUCGUGUGGUCAUGACGAGACGGGACUCCUCCGUCUUUGUUGGCACGAAGAGACAGAUUGCUGACUGGGCAUCUAAGGAUCCUGCUGAUAUGCAGACGCAUGUAAGUAGCUGGGAGAAUGGAUUCCGAGUCCAAGCCCCAGGAGCAUUCAACAACCAUAAGGUAAUACGUACUUUAAACCUUGAAGGCUUCGCAAACAACUUCCAGCAGCACAGGCGCAUUUCCAAAGCAAUUCAAGUUCUCUACCAAAAUGGACCUCUCGCACCUGGAGCGUAUGAUCCGACUGGCUCGAAGGGGCCCUGGAACUAUGCAUGGUCUACUUUCUCACUAGAAAUGAAACAGAGUGGGCAAAUAUUUUCGAAGGUAACUCAGGAAUUGGCCCAAGAUAUUAGGCGGGGAAACUUUCGAAGUGCGCUGAACGGAAGACCUGAGACCAAAAGAGACCUUUUCUUGAGAGCUAAACGUGAUAUGGAAAAUGGAGUGGCUUUUGGAAAGGCAUUAUUAUAUUUUCAUGCAACUGUGCUAUACGGCACGAUAAGCAGGGCACGACGAAUGACUGCCGAGGAGGCUCAUGACCUGGAUGAACGAGAGACGGAGCUCGAUGAAUGA